AUGCGAGAGCAAUGGGAAGCCGCUAAGGCAGAACUCCAGGUGUUUUUGGAAGAUGAUGACAAUUAUGUAAACUUCUUGGAUAGUAUUGAACAGAAACUGGCGAAGAAGCUGCGAUUUGAAUGUCGAUCGCGAGGUGGGUCUCUCGUAGGGAGCGUCGCUUUCAACAGGUUCGUCGAGUCUGCAGCUCAGCUCCGGCAUCUCCACUUGUUGUUUCAAGAGAAAACGAAGCCGAUAGUAGAGCCGUUAUCCCGUGAAGAUGACAGAUCAGUCAACGUAAAGUGUAAAAACUUGACGAAUAUUAUGUCGGACAUGCUGCGUGCCCUCCGCUUACUGUACGGACAACUUAUCUGUAAAAGUGAAGCCACUCAAGCGACAUUGGAAACAGUGUUAGCUAAGGAAAACAAAGAAUGGGAUGGCAAGAUACUGGUGAAGUAUCUGGAGGCUCAACAUCUCACUGCUGAAAAGCUAAUGUCGCGCCCGCUGAAACGGUUUUAUGAAUUAGUAGACUUCGUUAAGGCACUGAGCAAUAUCCUUUCAGGAAACGAAAGAGACGAAACAGGGAGUAAUGACAGCGAUACAGGCAGUGACGACACAUUCAGUUAUGCUCCUCAACUGAUGCAAAUCGUCCAGGAGAACCAGCAUUAUAUUCAUCUUGUAAAGGCCAAUGCACAAGAGGAAAAAGAGCUGAUUGCACUGCAGACGUGCUUUUACGGUGAUGGGGCUGAUGUUUUUAAUGAUCUGUCCAACAAUAAGUUGUUGCUUUUUGGAGAAGUGUUCCUGAUAAAGUUGAGGGACCGAAGCGAUUCUAGUGGAGUCGGUUGCGAGGCUGCCGCCAGUACAGGGCUAUUGAGUCAUUCAGAGAAGGUUUAUGCACAUUGCUUUCAAGACGGGACCUUAGUUUGUAGCAAAGGACAGAGCAAUGAGUUGGGAAUGUCUUUUGUAAUUCUUCAUCGCAUACAGCUUAAACAAGACGCAGCAUUUCUAGAAUUCGUUCCUGCCAGCACACUAGUGUUUGAGGCUUCGGAGAAAGCACGUGGCUUGGCACUAAUUAGUCAAGAGACAACUCUCGUCUUUGCCUGGAAAGACAUAAUGGAGAGCCAGCGAUGGGCUGAUACGAUUUGGGGGUUUCUGGAAAUGAACGGAUCGCGGACCGAAGUGCUUCACCAAAGCCGGACGAUUGACAAACUUCCUAUUCGCGAAGAGAUCUCAGCUGAACUUGUAGACAAGGACACUCUUUCGACGAAGUUUGCAUCAUUUUAUGACGAUCAUCUUCCUGGUGUUUUCUGGAUGGCACCUCCUAAGUGCUCGAGCCUAGCUCGGUGGGAAUUGGUUGAGAUUGUUUUCUAUGCUAGAUGGCUUUUAGUUUUGAGGAUGGAAGGAUGGAAAAGACACUCAGCUUUAUACGAUUUCGAUACUCACUCUCUUGAGAUGAAAAUCAGUGAGCAGCUGCGAGCAGACAAAGAGUGGAGCUUGGUUAUUUCCAAUGGAUCUGUGGACUCCGUUACGCUCGUAUCCAUGAAGAGAACAAGAAUCGACUUCUGGUUUGAUCAAGUGUGUAAAGCAGUGGAGAGCGCUAAGUUUGUGGCAAGGCAAGUGGUAAAGGAAAAAAAGAGCGCCUAG